AUGUCGCAGAAGCUGCAUCAAUUGACUAAUGCGUCUAGUUUCACUGAAUCUUCGUCAAACAAUACUUCAACGUCAAAGACAAAGAAGGUUCUGAAACAUACCGACGCUUCUAGGUAUAUGGUUACACCACGAACAGCCGAACAGGAGCCUCCAGUCGAAAGCUCAACUGCAAAGCAAUCACAGAAAUCAUACGCAAUAUUAGAUUUUUCACCAAGAAAGAAGACAGCCUUGAAGGACAACGACGUACUGAUUGAAUCAAUAGAUGUUGGUGAUAGUUUCGAACAAUUGAUGAAUGAUACGGGUAGCUCCGUAGAUCGUGAUCAUGUUGUAGAAGAAAGAGAAGGACAGAAAGGUCAAGAUAUCGAGUCUAAUUCGGAUAGCUAUUAUAAUCAACUUGAAAACUCUUCUAUUAUUGAACAUCUAACUGAUGAAAGAGCUAUCUUUGAGUUUAAUUCUCACCCUUUGUCACAUGUCAGGUUAGGUAUGACACAUGAUUCUACUAUUGAUUGUGGAUACAAUUUAUCCAGGGACUUGCUGUUUGUUGAUUGGGCAAGUGAGUUAUCUAGACUAGCACAAGAGCAGAUCCAGUUAUAUAAAGCAUUAGUUGCUAGGAGAUAUAAACUAUUCUACCAGUUUGAUAUAUUAAAUUCUAUUGUGAAUGAUCAUGCUUUAAAAUUGCAACUCGAGGAGGAUCAAUUGGUUGAGAAAAUAAAUCAAUUCAAAAUGCGCUUAGCAGAAAUUAUAGAAUUAAAUUUAUAG